CAGAGCUGGUUCCUGUGUUGGUGGCAGGGGCUGGGGUGGGACAAGGGGACAGAGUUCUGCUGUGACAUGCCUGGGACACGGCCACUUUCUCUGCUCUGUAUUUUGGGUGAAAAAAUGGGUUAAAGCUGCAUCCCCCAGCAAAUCACCAGCCCUGGGGAAACCUAGGCACACACAUUUAUGCCCUCCUGCUGCCCCACACCGGGCCAGACUGGGGGGAAACUGAGGCAGAAGCUUGACCCCAGGCCUGGGGAUGUCCCUGUCACACUGCCACUGUGUCCCCACGUCCUCUUCCCUUGCUGGCAGCACAGCACCCUGUGGCAAAGUGGGGUGCACGGGGUGAGGGCUGUGCCCUCCUGGGGUGCUGCAGCAGUGGGUGCCCCCAGGGGGGGCUGGGCCUCAGCCAGACCCAGCACGAGCCUGGUGGGGACCUCUGCUGCCAUCCUGUCCCCAAAACCCGUCCCCUGCUCUGCCACGUUCCGAGCACGACCGUGCCCCGCUCCUGGCACGCCUUGCCCACGUCAGCCCCACGCUCCUGCAGCCACCAGCGCCGUGCCAGCUCUCCGGGCACUCUCUUUCCUGUCUCGGUCCCUUCUGCGAGUCAUGGGACGCUGGUGACGCGCUCCCGGCGAUGAAGAAAUUGCUGCUGGCCCGUGCGGUCACCGGAGCUAUUUUUGUCCCUGUUGGGUAUUGCACAGUCCUGGCCACACUUGCCAUGGGGUGGCCACCACCGUGGCCUCCUGCUGGCCCAGCCCGGGGGGUGACGGUGCCAUGUGGAGGGGACAGGGCCACCUGUGGGCAGGGGAGAACUGAGGGGGAGCCCUGAUCGCCCUCAUGGCAGGGCAUGGAGGGAUGGAGGGAGGGAUGGAGGGAUGGAGGGAUGGAUGAGUGGACAGCCUGUCCAGGCAGCCUGAGGGAUGGACAAACUGCUGUGGAACGAGCAAGAGCUUCUCCUGGUUCCUCCACCUCUCCAGGACUGCCCUGGGCACAGCCCUGGCCCCACGGAGCCCACCCCAGCCGCCACCUCUGCCGGGGAGGUUCUGGGCAGGAGGAAGAGGAAGAGGAAGAAUCGUCAGAGGCAGCUGGUGGAGGAAGCAGACCGUGCAGGUCGUGGUUUGGUGCGGCCAGGACAGGGAAAUUCUGGGAAAAGAAAGCACUUCUACAAGUGAGUCACUGCUGCAUCCUUCCUUCCUCCUGGAAGGAGCUGUUCACUUCUGGCUUGUCCCCCUGCGCCACCACGGAACUCUGCAAACACGUAAAUUCUGCGAGGGUCACCAAAACCAUCGGGAUUGCGACACGCUGAUCGCUGCUGGGAGCCGUUCACCUCUCAGGAACGGGAAAUUCCCUGUCGGUGCCGGGCUCCGCCUGCCGGGAAGAGGAGCCCAGGGGACAAAGGGGGUGCCCCGGGUGCUGCUGGCUGUGCCGAGCCCCAGGGCUCUCCCAGGGCAGUGCUGCACACGGGGCACUGGUGCCCUCGGUGUUCCCGUGGGUGCUGUGGGCAGGGGGGCUAAGCCUGGUGUCCCCCGCUCGGUUCAACACCCAAAUUUGUCACCCAGAGGUGCGGCAGGCAGGCGGAGCAUCUCCCGGAGCAUCAGGCAGUGACACUCAGGGAUGCCCCGCACUUCCCGCACUCCAGUUCCCUCCUUGCCAGGGUAGAUCUUUGCCUCCCACAGUUGGAUUUGGGAUGCGAAACACCCAGCGGUGGCACAAGGGUGACAUCCCUGUCCCCGCUGCCUCUUUUGCAUUGGGGUUUGGGGGCAGGCGGCGCUGGUUUCAGUUCAACCUGCCGUGUGCGGAGCGGUGAGACCGGCGGGAAUCCAAAAGUCUUUCCCGAGAAGUCGGGACGCGGGGGCCGUGCCGGACCGGGGGUGAGCGGUGGCACCGCAGCCUCCGGCCGGCCUCCCUCGAGGAACUGCCUCGAAGAACAGAAGAACAUCCCCGUGCACCGCCCGGCCGCUCUCACUACCCCGCUCAUUGGCCCCCGGACACGGCUGCACUUCUCGCUGCCUUCCGCCGUGCCCGGGUGCCUCCUUCGGAGGUGGGGGUGACUCGGGUGCGCUUUAAAAGCCGCGCUUCCCCAUCGCCGAGCGUUAAGGAAGUGCCUUGUGCGCCCCAGCCCCGGGCGGACACCGGGCCCGGCCAUGCGGCGCGACGGGCGGCCCUGGGCGGUGCUGGCAGGUACGUGUGUGCCCCGGGCCGUGCCCGCUCCCCUCCGCUCCCCCGGCCCGGAGCGCGGCCCCGGGGUCAGCGGGGCCGGGGCAGAUGGCACCGGGGCUGUGCCGCGGCACUGUCGCCUCCCUCGGGCGCCGGCGGCGGCGGGGACAUUCCCCGCUCUGGGGGUGGGCAGCCCGGGGGAGAGGCGACAGGAGGGGACAGCUUGAGGACCAAUGGCAGAAGGUCAGAGGUCAGCUUGCCCAAAGGGACAGAGGCUGCGUGUCAGCCCAGUGCCAUAUCCAAAGUCCUGUGGGUGACAGCGGGACUGGGACAGUGACUGAGCAGAGCUGGAGAGAGGGGCUGGAUGCAGGAGUGGCGCUGGUGGCCCGCGCUGCCAGGGGGAGCUGCUGGAGCAGCUGCUGUGGUUGCUCUGCACAUCCCGGCUGCUCCACAGCACCUCCAGCACCCUCAUCCUCCUCCCCGCCGGGGCCCAGCAGGUUUUUGGUGCAGGGGCUGGUCUGUGGUGCAGGCAGCAUUCCGGGCGCGGGGGUGCUGACCCUGUGAGAGGGCUCCGUCCCUGCACCCAGCGAUGCCCCAGGGGCCCCUGACUCCCUCCUCUUCCUCCCCAGCUGUCGCCCAAGGGCUCCUCAUCCUCUGGGCAGUGCCGGGCCAGGGGGGCAGGUCCCCGCUGGCCCCCACCGUGCAGCAGACCCAGGCGCUGGUGAGGCUCAUGGCCGAGGACGCGCAGGAGCUCUUCACCUUCUACGAGAAGGAGCAGCACCUGGACAUCCACAACAUGUGCCGCACCAACAAUACCCCCGAGUGGCUGCAGAGACCGGCCAGGGGGCCCUGGGGGCUGCGGAGGCUGCGGAGACCCAUGAUCCACAUGGAGCAGGCGCUGCAGGACAUCAUCCGCCACCAGCGCGACCUCCACCACCCCGAGGCCGAGAUGCUUCGCCGCUUGAGCAGGACCCACCGGAAGGUGCGAGCGCUCCUCAGCAACCUGGCGGGGCUUUUCCCGGCCCCCGGCCUCCGGCCCGGCCGCCGGCCCCUCCCCAGCCCCGCGGCAUCCCUCGGCAUCUUCCGACAGAAGCUGCAGGGCUGCCGGAUCCUCUGGAGCUACUCCCGCUUCAUGGCCGAGCGCAGCGCGGAGCUGGGGGCCGGGAGCCGCCGGACGCGCCGGGAGAAGGGGAGAUCGCAGCGGGGCUCGGGGCUGCCCGCCCGGCCCUAGGCAGCGCCCCGGUACCGGAGCUCCGGUGUGCUUCAUCUCCUUCAUCCCCGUCCGUGGGAAUCCAUCCCAGCCCCAUUCCCGGGAUGGAGAUGCGGCCGGUGGCCGGGAUGCCCCACGGAGCCUCUGUCACCUCCCCUGGGUCGGGCUCGGAUGCACUGAGAGCAUCUCCCGCCGCUCCGGCUCCUGGUGGGGACACGGCUGUCCCCGAGCCACCGCUGGGCUGCAGGACAGCCCUGGCUGCCCCUCCCGCAUCCCGCCCCGCUUUCCCGUGGAUCCAGGUGGGAGCCGGGUGUCCCCCAGCUGCUCCCUGUCCCCGAGUCCUGCCGGAGUUUCCAGUGAUUCAAUGGGUCGGGUGACACAGCCUGACUCACAGCUGCUCGCCCAGCACCCGCCACCGGGCCCACGGCGCUGCCACCGGCGGCUGUCACCGGUGCUGUCACCCCCUGCCUGCCCGCUGCCGGCUCCGCUCCCAGGGAGAAGCUGGGAGGGGAGUCCUGUGUCCCUGCACGUCUGUGUCCCUCUGUGCUCGGUGUCCCCAAGCUCGGUGUUCCUGUGCUCUCAGUGUCCCCAGGCUGCACACUGGGGGUUGCCACAAUCCCAACAUCCCUGUCCCCUCUGUGUCCCCCUGAGCCUCCGAGGCUGUGCCACCACAGCCCUGACCGUGCCCAGCAGGGACUCGGCUCUGUGCCCUGCACUGUGACAGUGGGUGACAGCCCCCACUGCCUCCCCUCUAAUUUAUACAUUAAUAUUUGUGUGUUUAGUGUAUUUAUUGAUUGUUAGGGUUAAUUUAACUCCUGCAGCUCGCAGAAGUAUUUAAGGAUAUUUCUAAUAUAUAAAUAUCUAUUUUUAUUAUAUUUUUUGUACGGCAUUAAACUAUGAACAUCACAAGGAUUUAUUUAUGUAUAUUGAUAUUUUUGGUACACAUAGAAGGGCAGUGCCCCCGCCCAUGUGGCACUUCUUUAUUUUUGUACAAUGGCAGAAGGAAAUAAAGUGCUGACCUUGGCCUAUGGGCCACUGA